AUGAGUAAUUGGCGUUUUGGUAAUAAAAAACGAGCUAAAUUAUUCAUAAGACGAAAAAUGUUGAAACACAAUUUGGCAAAUUUACAAAAAAAAAAUAAAGAAAUUCAAGAACUCGGCAAUGACGACAGCAAUAACGUAACAGAAAUAAGCAAUAAUCAGAGUAUAAACACAUCAAAUCAUAGUAAUGAACACGACGAUAACAGGUAA